UUUCAUAUCGAAAAUCCACGCUAUGCUAUGACACACGACACUCUUUCACGGUCUUCUCCGACUCUGCAACGGUGGAGCUUCACCACCAUAAACCCUAACUCCUCCCAAAACGCCGUCGUUUUAUCCCCGCAUUGCUCAAUCGCGUGCUUUUCCGCAAUCGGAAGCUUCUGAAACUAGCUCACCACGCGCUUAAUUUUUGUAUUACUGAAUAUUCAAGGUGGAAUUAAUUUAAUAUGCUUGGAGAAGAAUAAAGAGUGGUGCUUUGUUGAAAUUUUAUUGUGAGUACUGUGAUAAUCUUCAUAAGCUAUAUUGUUUGAUUUUGGGUAUGCAUGGUGGCUGAUAGAAGUUUAGACUAUACAUGCAACUGGUGAAGCUCUUGCUAAGUAUAAAUAGGGACUCAAUGAUUUAGCAGUAUAAAUUGUUUGUAAUGGAUGUUCAUGUGAUACCUAUUGGAGAAGGAAGUGGUGAUCGAGGUAUGGAGAAUGGCGGGGAUGGUGAAAUUGGUGAAGUUAAUAAUGUUGGAAACUCUGGGUCACAUGGUGAGGGUAUGGUUUUUGAGCCGUAUUUGGGUAUGGAAUUUGAUUCUGAGGACUCUGCGAAAACUUUUUAUAGUGAGUAUGCUAGACGGUCGGGUUUUAGUUCCAGAGCUGGGUUGCAUGGUCAGUUUAAUGCGGAUGGGACGAAUAUGUUUAGGGAGUUUGUGUGUAGCAGGGAGGGUUUGAAAAGGAAGAUGACUGAAAGUUGUGAGGCGAUGAUUAGGAUAGAGCAAAAGGGUCAAAAUAAGUGGGUUGUUACGAAGUUUGUGAAGGAACAUAGUCAUUCUACGGCGGUAACUGAUAAGGUGGAAAAACUUCGACCACUGAAGCAUUUCUCUAGUGUUGGAAGAACCAUGCCUGAAACUUACAAAGGAGUGGGGCUUGUUCCCACUGGUGUCAUGUAUAUAUCUAUUGAUGGGAAUCAUGUUUCCUCCAAGAAUAGUCACAAGAGUAGGAAUUAUCCUGCUGGUGCUGCUGCCAAAACAAGUCAUCCAGCUAAAAAUUCCCCAUUGAAGAGUUAUACUGUGAGGCAACCUAUUCAAAAGAAGACAUUAGGGAGGGAUGCUCAGAGCCUGCUGGAGUAUUUUAAGAAAGUGCAGGCUGAAAACCCUGGUUUCUUCUAUGCAAUACAACUUGAUGAAGAUAAUCGUGUGUCUAAUGUGUUUUGGGCAGAUGCAAGAUCAAGGACGGCUUACAGUCAUUUUGGUGAUGCAGUUACUCUGGACACAACACAUAGAGCGAAUCAAUAUAAUGUGCCAUUUGCUCCAUUCACUGGGAUUAACCAUCAUGGUCAGAUGAUUUUGUUUGGUUGUGCACUCAUUUUUGAUGAUUCCGAGGCUUCUUUUGGUUGGCUCUUCAAGACAUUUCUAGCCGCUAUGAACGACCGUCACCCUCUCUCUAUAACUACCGAUCAGGACAGAUCCAUACAAACGGCAGUUUCACAAGUUUUCCGCCAAGCACGUCACUGUAUAAAUAAGCGGUAUGUCUUGCGAGAAGGCCACGAAAAGUUGGGCCAUCUAUGUCGCAUGCAUCCACAUUUUCAUUUUGAACUUUAUAAUUGUAUUAAUCUGACAGAAACGAUUGAGGAGUUUGAAUUUUCUUGGAAUUCUAUCAUGGACAAAUAUGGACUCAGAGGGCAUGAUUGGCUUCAGUCCUUGUAUAGUGCUCGUGAUCAAUGGGUACCAGCAUAUUUCCGUGAUUCAUUUUUCGCUGUAUUAUCUCCUAAUCAAGGAUUUGAUGGUUCUUUUUUUGACGGUUUUGUAAACCAGCAUACAACAUUACCAAUGUUCUUUAGGCAGUAUGAACUAGCUUUGGAGAGGUGGUUUGAAAAGGAAAUAGAAUCAGAUUUUGAGACACUUAGUGCGACACCAGUUCUAAAGACACCUUCCCCAAUGGAGAAUCAAGUUGCUAAGCUUUAUACACGGAAAAUAUUUUUGAAGUUUCAAGAAGAGCUAGUUGAAACUUUUGCUUAUACUGCCAACAGAAUCGAAGAGGAUGGGGCAAAUAGCAUAUUUAGAGUUGCAAAAUUUGAUGAUGUCCAUAAGUCGUAUACUGUCACAUUAAACCAUUCCGAGUUGAAAGCUAACUGUAGUUGCCAAAUGUUUGAGUAUUCAGGCAUUCUUUGCAGGCAUGUUUUAACUGUUUUCACUGUGUCUAAUGUAUUCACCAUACCAUCCCACUACAUCUUAAAACGGUGGACAAGGGAUGCAAAAAGCAGUGUUGUAUUGGAUGAAUGUGGUGGUGAAUUACAUGCACAUGAAUCUUUGACAUCACGGUAUACCAAUCUAUGCCGGGAAGCCAUCCAAUAUGCUGAGGAAGGGGCUGUAGCAAUGGAAACUUAUGAUGCUGCAAUGGGUGCUCUUAGAGAAGGUGGAAAGAAAAUUGCUGUCAUGAAGAGGAAUAUUGCCAAAGUUUCACCAACUAAUCAUCGAGUCAGUGAGAAUGCUUGCACUGACAAGAAAACCCAUAUUUCAACAUCAGAUACAAGAACAACCCCUAUUUUAUGGCCACUAAACGGUGAAACAACAAGGUUUAAUCUUAACGAUGCCGGUACUCCUGUUCAACCAGUUGCUGAUCUGAAUUUACCUCAAAUAACCUCAACACCACAUAAGCGAGUUGAUGUUCCACCCACAGUGCAUCGUCAGCGAGUUGAUGGUCCAUCCCCAGGGCCUCGUCAGAGAGUUGAUGGUCCACGGCCAGUGCCUCGUAGGCGAGUUGAUGGUCCACCCCCGAUGUCUAGUCAGCGAGAUGAUCAUCCACCUCCUCUGCUUCUUCAGCAAGAUGAUGGUCCACCUGAAAACAAGGUGGUUCUUCCAUGUCUGAAGUCAAUGACAUGGGUAAUGGAGAACAAAACCUCAACCCCAGAGAACAAAGUAGCUGUUAUCAAUCUCAAGUUGCAAGAUUACAGCAAGGGUCCAUCAGCAGAAUAUGAAGUUAAGUUCCAUCUCUCUCGAGGUACUGUGGGACCUGUUUUGAAGUCUAUGGCUGAAGUCAGCGAACAACUUUCAACAACAGCUAAUAAGGUUGCUGUAGUAAAUCUAAAGCUUGAGGAUGCCCAGGCUUCUGGUGAGUCUGAAGUUAAGUUUCAAGUGUCCAGAGAUGCAUUGGGUGCUGUACUGCGAUCAAUGUCUUAUAUCCGCGAGCAACUUUCUUGCGCUGGAUCAGAACCUAUGUCAAAAAAGCAUAGAACCUGAAGCAUCAAAGUUUUAUUUGAUACCAAGGUGGUUAUGUGAGUAUGUAUCAUUUUGAUGGCAGGGUGGUGGCUACAUCAUACACAAAUGAAUUAGGAAAUGUAGUUUUUUUCUUUUUCGUGUUCUCUACGUAAAUUUGUUGUCUUGCAUAUAUUGUAUAUGUAUCAUAUCGUAGGCAGCAGACUUGUUUGAUAGGAAGUAUUUGGAGAAUCCUCUACCCUGCAUCCAAGAAUGUCCAGAAAACAAGAAAAGAGAAAAGAUGGUACAAUUAUUGUUCAGUGUUAUUUCAAGAGGCAUGUCA